UGACCAGAAGUGGGUAGUAACGCUUUACAUGUACUCAGUUACAUUUACUUGAGUAGCUUUUUGAGAAAAAUGUACUCCUAAGAGUAGUUUUACUAAGCUAACUAAAAAUUAAGUAUUUGAUAUAGAGCACUGCCCUCAACAUUUCUCGAAAGCACGGAUUUUAACCUCUCUCACAGUUUUUAUUUGGCACUAACUGACCACGGAAAACCGGAGAUAUGAUCCCUUUAAUUUCAAAAUAGUAAUUAUGAAGAAACUCGUCACUAUUCAAACUUGGAACUAUUUUCUCCACCAGAGGGCAGUCAUGCUGUUUGGACAAAUAAUGCUUCAUCUAAAAAAAAAUUCUCUCGUCGGACUUCAGUAAUUUUUUUUUUGUUUCAUUUCUUUGGCUUAAUUGAGUUAUGUAAUGGGUUAUUGUACAGUAUCAUUAUAAUAAUAGUCCAUUUAGAUAACUUUGUGCUAAAAAAAAAAUACCAUUGUUACAAAAAAAAAGAAAGAUAUAAAGAAAUCUUAAGCAGUUACUCAUAAUUUUACUCAUUACUUGAGUAUUCUUUUCACUGGAUACUUUUUUACUUGUACUUGAGUACAUUUUUUUGACAACUACUUUUACUUUUACUUGACUACUAUUAUUUUGAAGUAACGCAACUCUUACUUGAGUGAAUAUUCUGGCUACUCUGCCCACCUCUGCUACUGACAUAUGGUUCAGUAGUCCCAAAAGUGCUCAUGUAAUAGCAACAACUUGACACUAUAACAGCUAUUAAAGUAUGUAUGAGCUUUUCGUCCACCAUUCCUAUUUUUAUAGUACAUAAAUCUUUCCCUGUAGAGUUACUGAAGCAUCAUUUGAGGCAAUCAACAGUGAUAAGCACAGAAAAAUAUAUGUUUGAACAAAUGUGCCGAUGUGAGCUCACGUGUUUUGUGUGCUCUAUUUUAGGACAAAUGCAAAGAGGUGGAAGAGUAAAUAAAUGGGAAAAGUACAUCAAACACUGUUAAAGUGGCCUUUAUACAGGUGCAGUAUAGAAUUGAUCUUAGUAAAUGAAUUCAACAAGCGAAACUAACAUACAAAUCAAUUUGAUAAUUUUAAUAAUUAUAGCUUAUGCCAAGUGAAGUGAGGAACUUCAUUUAGUCAAAAGGGUAACCUUUACCAGUAUCCUUAACAUUGCCUUUUUAGGUGAGCCUCAUAUACUAACAGAUUUGUGCUAUUCAAAAAAAAUUUAAAAAUACAGUAUUUUGUAGAGAUUCAAGAAAUGCACAUUCUUGGCUGAAAUUGAAAACCAAGCGAGAAAACCAUUGCGGGGCAUGAUAACUGCGUGCUGGCCAGAGAAAGUAGUAAGUACUGUUUGUAUGUACAUUUGUAUGUGUGUACGUUUGAAAUUUACAUAUAAAUAGCUUUUAUGGAGUUCCAGACAGAUACUAAUAUUUUUUGGCAGAUAGUGUCCAUUGAAUUGCUAAUGCAAUAUUUCUGUGUCCAUUCAAUAAUGCAUAACUGUAUUGAAUUUAUAAUAUUUUACCAGUCCCAGUAAGCCUUUGAAUCUUCAUUUCUAUUUGAGUUGUUGAUACUAAGUACACAAGUACUGCUAGUUGGCUCAUGGAUCACGUUGCAUCAGGCGUCCACCCCGGCCUUCAUAUUGCGGCCAUUUCGCAACAUUUUCAAUCCUCACGCUCCGAGCCCGGCCAAUCAGCGUCGGCGCAAUGCCCCUUAUCCAUCUGAAGCCAGCUGCUGGCCUCGCUCUUCUGUACCGCUCACUCUCAUGCUUGACAUGACCAUGACACAAAGAAGAGAAAAGAUCUGAUCGGCAGACGAGUGUGCCACCUGAAGAGAUUAUUGAGCGAGCGCAACGCCAUGUCUGCACUCAAAGUCCUGCGCUGUCUGCUGCUAAUAUGUUACGCCACAGACGGAAGGAUGUCAAAGUCAAACGUAGCAGCCCUCCCUGAAGAGCAGUGGGGGCCUCCCGGAAAAAAAGCAUUGCCCGUGGACGUCAGCAGCACGGUCUUCCGGCUGUUUUUGACGACGGCGGGGGAGGACACCUGCGUCCUGAAGCCCAGGCAGCUGCACGGCCUCUCGUCGUGCAGUUUCAACGCCACUAAUCCCCUCAUCAUCAUCACUCACGGGUGGUCGGUGGACGGCACGAUGGAAAAUUGGGUGACCAGGUUGGCCUCCAUCCUCAAGGCUCAUCUUAAAGACGUCAAUGUGGUGAUAACCGAUUGGUUGUCUCUGGCUCACCAGAACUACCCCAAAGCGGCACGCAGCACACGUACAGUUGGAAAAGACAUCGCACAUCUGCUGAUGUCACUCAAGGAGCAGUAUGAAUAUUCCUUUCGGAAAGUUCAUUUGAUCGGUUAUAGCCUGGGAGCUCACAUCUCUGGCUUUGCCGGAAGCUAUCUUAGAGAGCCAGAACAAAUUGGAAGAAUUACUGGUCUGGAUCCUGCCGGGCCGUUGUUUGAAGGCACGUCACGUGCCGACAGACUGUCUCCCGACGACGCAGAGUUUGUGGACGCUGUUCACACGUUCACCCAUGAGCGACUGGGCCUCAGCGUUGGUAUCAAGCGAGCCGUGGCUCAUUAUGACUUUUACCCCAAUGGCGGCGACUUCCAACCUGGAUGCGACAACAUCUAUGAGCAUAUCUCACAGUACGGCCUUCUUGGCUUUGGGCAAACAGUGAAAUGUGCCCAUGAGCGCUCCGUGCAUCUGUUCAUCGACUCUAUGCUGAAUAAGGACCGGCCGAUGCAGGCCUACAGGUGCAAUGACAAGCAGGCCUUUGACAGAGGUGUCUGUGUGGACUGUCGUGGGCACCGCUGCAACACGCUCGGCUAUGACAUCAAGAAGGUGCGCACGGGACGACGUGACAACAGGCUGUACCUGAAAACGCGCUCUGCGCCGCCCUACAAGCUUUACCAUUACCAGUUAAGAAUCCAGUUUGUUCAGUCCAUUGAGAACACCAAGCCACCGCUCAGCAUCUCCCUCACUGGUACAGAUGAGGAGAGCGCGGCACUUCCCAUUGCUUUCACGGAGGAGGUUUUGGGGAAUAAGACGUACACCUUCCUGAUCACACUGGAAAAACAUUUGGGGGAUCUGAUGCUGCUCAAGUUCCACUGGGAGGGAUGGGAUCUGUUAAAAAGCAUGUGGAAGCGAGUGCAGACCAUCAUGCCUUGGGGCAGGCAGCACACCAAACCACGACUGACCGUGGGCAGGAUCAGCGUCAAGGAUGGCUACACGCAACAAAGGACAUAUUUUUGCGCCAUGACAAAUGACCACCAGCAUUGGGAAAUGUCAAAAGUAAAAGUGUUUGUACGCUGUCAACAAGACCCAAGAAAGCAGCAGCACAGGAGGAGAAAGCACACCUAACCUUCGCAGCUUUACAUUUUCUUGGGCUCCGCUCCACAUCGGAAGUCGAGCGAAUCAGCCUGGACGGUCUUAUCUCAGAAACAGGACACAUUAUUUUGCUAUUUUGGGGCAGAUAGUAUUUUAAACCUGGGCCAUGAUUUCAGCAUUUUGGGGAUGUGAAACUGGUAAACACUUGCAAAUGUCUCAAAUAUUAGCAGAAAACCGGUCGGAUGUUCGGUUGUAUUUUGCAAACAAUUGCAGUGAUUUUUUUCUCUUUUUUUUAAAACUAUUUUUGACUAUGCUCUAAACUAGUGGUUCGAAAAAUUGGGUACGCGGCUCCCUCUAGUGGUAAAAUAGAAUUAGGCAACCCAUUAAUCCACUACAUUGAUUGCAUCAAGGCUACAAAAGAUUCACAUUUAAUAUUUAAUGAGUUUCUUUUCACUUGUUAGGAAACAAAUUCUUCCAACUUUUUUAACAUUCUGUCCGACUUUACAAACGUAUUUUAACUCAUCGCCUGCCAUUGACAGUGCUAGACGGCCAAAUCAUUUUGACUGGGACAAUCUCGCAGUGACAGUUUUCCAGUGAAAAUGGAUGGACACCUAGCGUUGUCAAUGGCAGCCAAUUAGUACAAUAUAUUUUCUUUUUAUUAAUUAAACAUUUUUAAGUAUUUUUUAAAAUGGUAAUGUCUCACUUUUUUUUUUUUUUUUGGUCUUUUUGCAUUAAUCAGGAAACAAGGCUUUGAUUCUCUUUGUGAAAUGAUAAUAUCCAUGUCCAACUUUUUGAAACAAAAUACAGAAUAGAUUUUCCUUUAAUAGUCUACUUUUUUGGCACGUACCUGUAUUAAAUAAUGAACACUUUGGGCCUAUUACACUACUGUACUGUAAUUUAACGUUGGUCAAUUUGCACUGGUAGGUAGGUGAAAUGCAAUUUUGAGUUAAAUAGGCUUUUGGAAAAUGUAUUUAUUAGAUAGAAAUUUCCCACUUGACCAAAAAUGAAGGCCAAAUCUUAGUACAUAGUACUUAUGGUACAUUUACAACAAUGGUCUAAAACCGAACCCAUUUGACUCAAACUUUUGACAUUUUAUCCAUUAAACUUUGAGAAUGCAGUUCUCAUGUGCUCCAUUAAAAGAAAAAUCCCCACAUUAAUACAUUUUCGUACUUUUGUAUUACCGCCGCUAAAAUGUUUAGCAAAAAGAAAGUUGACACAAAUGUCCAUCACAGAACCAUGACCGUUAAUGCAUUUCAAGUAGUUCAAAUGGAAUAACUAAGAAAAAAAAAACAUUUAAGACCAUUUACAUUCCAGUACAAAAAAAUUACUUUAAGAUCAGCCUAGUAGUGCUGCAAUUGUAACCAUUUUGAAUUUUUAUACCUUAAACUUCAGUGUAGAAACAAACACACACAACGCUUAAUCCUAAUUCAAAAUAAGUACUGUAGAAUACUAAAUUUUGCCACAUGAGUGCAUUAACUCCAGCAUGAGAUACAUUUAAAGCCAAACUCCAUUGACAGCCAAUCCAUUUUGACUGGGAGCGGCUGGCAACAAUCACCCCUUCCAGUCAAAAUGGAUUGGACGUCAAAUGCUGUCUAUGUCAUUGACAUUUUCAUUUAAUUCAAUAUUACCGAUGUUUGCAUAGGUUAUGAGCCAAUUAGUUAAUUUUUAACCCUGAAAAUAUGAAUAAAAAAAAAUAAAAACAAUCAUCCUCAAGACUUGCACAGCAUUCCUACACCUACCUCUGUAAGAAAAAAAAAGCACCGGCAAAAGACGUAAACGCACGUCUAUGGCACUGGAGGAGUCUAUUAUAACUAUCCAAAUUUUUGGUCUUACAGCGAAAGCAGUGAAAUCGGCCUCACUGUGUAAAAAAAAACAGCAAUAAUAUGAAACAGAAAAAAGUUAAAUCAACGGUUCCUUUUCGUUCGUCAUCUCAGAGUAUGCCAAGUGUUUGGCAGCCACAAGUCGUAUCAGUGUUGAUUGGUAAUAAAUUGUCAAAUUUCACUUGCAAUCCUGCUGCGGUCUCUGGUGAAAAAAAUGAAUGUUAAGAGCACAGAGCAGGUGAGUGAAAGUCUGGUGCCCAUAGAAAGAUUUCGAUAGGCAGGUUAUAACAGCACUCCUUUAGCCUCGUAUCACUUCAGUGAUGUGGCUUGUGUUGCACCAAGACUUGUCGAGUGCUUCCACUGUAGGCA